ACGACAUCGUUUAACUCAUCUAAAUAGUGUCCCGAACGCAGAGCAAAGAUUAAACAAAAUUUAACACAAAUUUGAAUUCCACGCUCUACAAGUCUCGACUCAGUCGCCAUCUCAUGAAAUUCGUCCACCAAUUCUGAGUCUCCCACGCAGUCAGUCGUGCACACGAAGCAAACAAUACGUUAUCAUCUCAGGUUCUCUCUAUAAACGCAGGCACAUAUGUAUAUAUAAUUAAUCGUAACUUUUAUUGCUCUGUUCAGAUUGAUGGUGGUAGCUCACUUUGGAUUGUUCAAGUUUUGACGAAUUUAAACCUAUAGUUGGGAGAUGAGUCAGAAAGGGUUAAUUUACAGUUUUGUUGCAAAAGGGACGAUUGUUCUAGCAGAACACACACCAUAUUCUGGGAACUUCAGUACCAUUGCUGUACAAUGCUUACAGAAGCUGCCUUCUAACAGCAGCAAGUAUACAUACUCGUGUGAUGGCCACACCUUCAACUUCCUGUUAGACAAUGGAUUUGUUUUUCUUGUUGUCGCAGAUGAAUCACUAGGAAGGGGCGUUCCUUUUGUGUUUCUUGAUAGAGUGAAGGAUGAUUUUAAACAACGGUAUGGUGCGAGUAUCGGGAGCGACAGCCAACACCCACUUGCAGAUGAUGAUGAAGAUGAUCUGUUAAUUGAAGACCGGUUUAGCAUUGCAUACAAUCUUGACAGAGAAUUUGGGCCAAAGCUUAAAGAGCACAUGCAAUAUUGUAUGGACCAUCCAGAAGAAAUUAGUAAGCUGUCCAAACUGAAGACUCAAAUAACAGAGGUCAAAGGGAUCAUGAUGGACAACAUUGAGAAGGUUUUGGACCGUGGGGAGAAGAUUGAACUACUGGUGGAUAAAACAGAAAACCUUCAGUUCCAGGCUGACAGCUUCCAGAGGCAGGGUAGACAACUUCGUCGUAAGAUGUGGCUGCAGAACCUCCAAAUGAAGAUAAUGGUGGGAGGAGGCAUCCUUAUCGUAAUCGUCAUACUGUGGCUUAUUGUUUGUCGAGGUUUCAAAUGCUGAUGGGACAAACUAGAUUUAGUAUUUAUUAUUAUUUAGUAGAAGUUGGUUGUUUUCUUCUUCCUUUGUACAAAAAAGUUAUAAUCCUGUAUAUGAAGAUUGUUAUGUUUGUAGCUAAUAACCAGACUAUAUGAAUAUAUCCCACUACUGGUCGACUCUCUGUUGUUUGAUAGUACCUCAAUCUUAUGUAAAAUGACGACCUUAUUCUUUUCUGGUAGAUUGUUAAAGACAUCCUAAAUAUUUACCAACGUUUGAUUA